GGCUUACAGGGAAAUCCCAGAAAGGUAAAAAUCAGAAUCGAAUUUCACACUCCCGUCCUCCCGUCCCCAAACAUAAAACCCCUCCCUCUCUCUCUCUCUCUGUCUGCCGCUCCCAAAAAAAAAUAAUUGACUUUUGCUUCCUCCUAUGGCGGUUUUGAACCGCGUUUUAAGAUUAAGAGCAGCAAGCUCUUUCUCAGUUCGGAGCUUCCGUUCAUCAUCUUUUCUAAAUUCCGAAACUGACAUCAAGGCGUCUUCCUCUGUCAUCACCCAAAAGUCUCUUCCUCUGCAGCGAGACGUUAAGGACAGGAAUGCCCAGUGGGUCUUCCUCGGCUGCCCCGGCGUCGGCAAAGGCACCUACGCCUCUCGCCUCUCCACCCUCCUCGGCGUCCCCCACAUCGCCACGGGCGAUCUCGUUCGCGACGAGCUCUCGUCUUCUGGUCCCUUCGCUCUUCAGCUUGCAGAGGUUGUGAACCAGGGCAAAUUGGUUUCGGAUGAGAUUAUCAUAAACUUGUUGUCCAAGCGUCUUGAAGCUAGUGCAGCUAAGGGUGAAACUGGCUUCAUUCUCGACGGUUUUCCUCGAACUAUUCGUCAGGCGGAAAUUUUAGAGGGAGUAACAGACAUUGACUUGGUGGUCAACCUAAAGCUUCGUGAAGAGGCUCUACUUGCAAAGUGCCUUGGAAGAAGGAUUUGUAGUGAGUGUGGAGGGAAUUACAAUGUGGCCUGCAUUGACAUUAAGGGUGAGGAUGGGAAGCCUGGCAUGUACAUGGCUCCACUUCUUCCCCCUCCACAUUGUGCAUCAAAGCUUAUCACACGAUCCGAUGACACUGAAGAAGUUGUUAAGGAAAGACUCCGGAUAUAUAAUGAUAAGAGUCAACCCGUGGAGGGGUUCUACCGCAGUCGAGGAAAAUUGUUAGAGUUUGAUCUUCCUGGAGGGAUUCCUGAAUCCUGGCCAAAGCUGCUUCAGGCUUUGAAUCUGGAAGACCAUGAAGACAAACAGUCUGCAGCCGCAUGAUUCGUAAUUCUGUACCAUAUACACUUUAGACAAGUUAGUUUUCCAUUAGAUAAGCCAAAUCAUUCUUUGCAUGUCCUGGAAGCAGA